AUGUCUACUUCUACCGGAAAAACAAUUUCACUUCCUACAAUCAAUGAAGUUGAAGGAUAUAAGACAACGGAGGGUCUAAUAAAUUUUUUACGCGACCAAAAUAUAGGACUUGAAGACAAGCAUUUCAAUAUUCUUCGUGAACAAGAAGUUGAUGACGAAACUUUCCUCAGACUGAACAUGGAUAAAUUAAUGAAAGCUGAUGUAAAACUAGGACCAGCUGAAAAAAUCUCAAAAGUGAUUGAAAAAAUCAAGGGCGAGGACCAGGCUGGACCCGGUGUUGUCAAAUUUUGGAAAAAACUUCCUGAUGCAAAAAUAAUCUUCCCGAUUCCAGAAGAUAUGGAUAAAACUGAAUUAAGUGCUCUGGAAUCCUACUUUACGAUUGAAAAUAAUUAUCUCUGUCUAAAUAAAGGUGUGACUACUGAUUCAGACGGCAUGCUAUACGAUAAUAGGAAGAAAACAGAAUUGAAAUUGGCACCAAUACUAAUGAAUGGCUUUGGAGGGAUGCUGUGUCUACCGGAUGAUGUGUUCUUUUUGGGACGUAAAACUUAUGGAUCGAAGCUUCUUAUACAGAACUGUUAUCUGCAGUUAUUUGAAUUAAUUGAAAUGAAUCACAAAUUCAAUGGCCCAGCCCAGAAUGGUUGCGUGAUUACUGGUACUCCUGGUAUCGGAAAGACAUAUUUCGGUCUAUAUCUCCUCUUUUACAUUCAUUACAUUUAUCCUAAUGCUAUAAUAAUCUGGCAAUCCAACAAACAAUUUUGCUAUCAAUUCUUACCUGAUGAUACUGUGCAAGAAGGGGAUAUUAGCCUGUUUCGCAGGACACUGGAUAGUCCUGAUAACUUCCUCAUAGUUGAUGCGCAAACUUUGGAAGUUGAAUAUACGGCCUAUACGAUCCUGCUCACAUCGCCGAGAGGUGAAAGAUUUAAUGAGGCUAUCAAAUGGUCAGGUUUUAGCAAAUAUUUCAUGUCAGUUUGGGAAACCGAUGAAAUGUUUACACUUUGGAACCAUAUAUACAAGACCCAGAAAAAUCACAAAGGUGAAGAGUUCACAUAUAAAUUAUACAAGUCUUUGUUAGAGAUGUGGGGCCCAAUACCCAGAUCAGUUCUUUUAAAGUGGAAAGAUGAUCAACAAGUGAUAUUCAAACAACUGAUUAUUAAUGCCGACUUAGAAAAAUGUAUGAACUCUUUUGAUAAAGAUGGAAUGCCUACAGAUUCAAUUAGUGGUAGACUUGUACAUAUCUAUGUAAAAUCAAACUUUAGUGUUCCUUUGUAUCGCUUUGCUUCCCCGAUGAUAUCUAACGAACUGAUCCGGAGAUAUCCAGAUAAAGCAAGGCGUAGCGUUCGCAAUUUCAUCACAAGUAGCUAUAAACAUCCAAUGGCCACUGGAUUUCGAGGCAAUCUCUUCGAAGAUUAUUCUCAUCUGGAAUUGCAAAAAGGUGGUAAAUUUAGGGUGCGAUGCCUGAAUGAUAAUUCAGAGGCAAAAGUAAGGCAUAUCAAGGAGAUGGAAUGUAAAUGGUUCUCGACACUGGGUGAUGCACAUAAGGAAUUUUAUAACAGACCAAUAUUAAAGACAUUUGCAUCGAUCGAUUCUUUUAGCCUUGAUAACAAUACCUUGAACUUGUAUCAAAUGACUGUCUCAGGGGAACAUGGCAUGAAGAUAAAAGGACUUGAAGACCUUUGUCACCUACUUACAUGGAGAGAGGAUGUAAAUUAUUUUAAUUUAUACUUUGUCGUGCCACAGGACAUUUUUGAAACAUUUCCUCUGCAAAAAUACAAGACAACUAAAUAUGAAGAUUGUCAGAGAAUUCCGAAAUAG